AUGACCGAAAACCUGUCGAAUACGUCCAAUCAUCAGAGACUGGACGAAAUGUUUAUUCAUCUGACACCAAAAGGUGCCACCGUGCCGUACAGCUUGUGUGUGGAUAGUGAACGUAACGUUUGGGUGGCUUCAAAAGGUGGUUUAUUCAAAUUCGAUUCAACCGGCAAAAAUCUGCUGUUCGAACGCCGGAAUCCGUUCCCGAAGAAGAUAUCACCGUACUGUCAAGUGCUCUAUUGUGAUGGGAAGAUAUUGUAUGCGUACGCAGAAGAGCAGUCGGCCUCAACGGAAUUCAGGAUUUUAGAUUUGUGCGGU